UAGUGUCAGCCGGCACUGACUAGUGUUGUGCUGGAGACACACACAGCGUCCAGCACCCGUCUUAUACACUACCUCGCUCUUCACUCACAUUACACACUCAUCAUAUACCAUGAGUGACGUGUCUGGUGAGUGCCACAGGAGUGGCAAUGGCAGCUGGAGCCUCAUGAGUGAGAAUACAUUAUCUGUGAACUUUCCACUGCACCGCGCGUGUCGUGAUGGUGAUGCUGCCGCCCUCACCUCUCUCCUCCUCCACGCCCACGCUCACGCCCACCUCACACUCGAGGAUACCUACUACGGCUGGACGCCCACACACUGGGCCGCUUACUUCGGCAAGAUUGAGUGUCUGCGAGUGCUAGUCAGUGGUGUGGGUAAUGGAGUGGCUGCACAUCCUGCCAUGACAACCUCUCGCUUUACACAGACUCCUGCACACAUUGCUGCCUUUGCUGGCCACCCUCAUUGUUUACAGUGGCUCUUGCAGUCUGGAGUUGAUCCAAAUGCACAGGAUUACUUGGGAGAGACGGCUCUACACAAGGCAGCACGCACAGGCUCCACAGAAUGUGUUAAUCUUCUGAUUGAAAACAAGGCAAAAAUUGGACUUCGAAACAACAAUUGCCAGACAGCUGCUCAACUUGCAAAUGCAUGCAGUUACAGAGCCCUUGCUGAUCACCUGUUGCAACUGGAAGGAAAGCAAGGUUUGACAGCAGAAGUGAAUGGCUCCAUCAGUCGUAGUGUUCCAGCUCAUGGUCUUAAUGGGGGAGUCUUCCCACACUGUGUCCAGUCUGCUCUUGUCACUAAUAAAGCCCUCCCUGUACUUACAAAUGGUGCAACUACUACUAAUUUGUCUUGUGUAACCACUGGAAAUGGACAUGCACUUGCUACCAAUGGUGAUGGCAGCAGUGGUACAUGCAGUUCAUCUAAUGGCUAUUACGGAUUUCAGCCUGCAAAAUGUCAAGAUAAUGGGCAAGUGAAUGGCCAAGCAAAUAAUUUCAUUGAUGGCCAAAACAUGCAAUCUGACAUGGAUUGUGACAUGGAGACAGACAUGACUCCAGUUAAUGAUAACUGCAAUGGAACUGCAGUCAAUCACACACAGGGCUCUGAGUCCAGCUUUACUAAUGUCACUGUAAAUGGUUCUCAGUCUGAACCAAUGAAUGGCCAUGCAGAUAACAUCACAGUUGGUUUUACUAAUGGACAUGUAAUUGGAACUGUUCUUGGAUUUGCAAGUGGCCACACUCUUGGAAACAUGGCCAGUGUCACUAAUGGCCAGAGUGCUAAAGUAAUCCCUGGUAUUACAAGUGAAAAUAAUCUAAAUGGCACAGAUGAAUGUACAUUAAAAGCACACAGUAAGAUAGGAGAAGACGUUACCCUUAACCCUGGAGUUUCACAAAACCACAUUCCAAUAGCAGGCUGCAAAAGAUCAAGAGAAGAAGGAUUUAUUCCAGAGAUGAAGCGCAUGAGAACUGAGGACAACUCACUAGAGACGACAUCUAAGGAGGAAACUGUGAGCACAGUGAUGGGUUCUGCUCACAGUGGUACUCACAGUGCCAACAUGGAGACAGCUCACUCAUUUAAGUGCCUAACUCAUGAGCACACAUCCCCUUCCUCAACACAUCCACUCACUCCUCAAAAUUCUAUGUCAAAAGCACAAGAGCAGCAACAAUGGAUCUGGGUGGUUUAGAGUUGCUGGGGCUGAUGGUGUUAAGUAAGUCUCAACCCAGAUUCACAUUGCUUUCUUCUAAAAUAACUCAGGAAGAGAAAUAUUAAUACUGUAGUGUCUGUCAUGACCUAGACAGUAAAAGGCUAACAGAGUUGUGAGCAGUGCUGUACUAAGUACAGUGAUACUGUACAGACCUUUAAUUGGAAGAUUAACAUAAAUGUGUACAAGGCCCACCAUCCAGUCACAAUAAUUACCCUAUAUGUGGGGCUCCUGAAUUCUGGAUUUCAGUGUGGUCUGAGGUUAAGGUGUUAGAUGUACAAGUUGUAAAUUAGAAUAUUGUUCAAACUGAAACCCCGCACAGAUAGUAUUCUGGUCUACUCAAGUAAUUUGUAGUGUUUAUUUUCUCUCUCUUUCUUUUAAUUGCUUUACAUUUCAAUCAUAAUUUUAUCUGGAACCUACAAUGUUACUUAAAAGUGUUCCUUACUUCAUUAAAUAGUUUACUAUCUUAAUAAUUUAAAAAUGUCAGCUUUGUAUAUAAGCUGAUUUUUGCCAAAUUUGUAAAAGAAAAUUGUAAACUAGCUAUAUUUUCUCUAUGCUUAUCCUAUGGUCCCAGAACCUUGGAGGAAAAGACUGGACGCAGAAGUAUAGUUUCUGUUUCAAGCUUAGAGGGAGGAUCGAGCCUCCAUCACCCCUUGCCCUGAACAUACCACAUGGGAGCAGUACUUCACAUAAAUAAAAAUAAUAAAAUCCAAAAAUGGAAUCUUUCUGUGUGGAAGAAGCCCCGUUUUAAAAAGUGUAAGGUUUGAUGAUUUUGAUUUUCAUGGCCUGUUAUUUGUUAUUUGCACGGUUCAUUAAGACACAUUAAUAAGCUGUUCAGGUAAUAAAUGCAUAAAAUUUAUUACUGUUAUUGGCAUUUGGAAUGGGUAAGAUAAGGUAUAUACUGUCGGGAAAUUUCAGGAGUAAAGAAUGUAAUAGUGAAGUGAAAAAAAAAGUAUAGUACAUUAAUGAGGAAGACAGACUCAUGGAGGAUUCAGCUAAAUGUAUAACACUGACAUAAUUAACAUUCAUAGGCACUAAGUUAAUGCUCCUGACAUUCUUACCUCUCUCUACACAAGAUAAACCUAACCACUGUUUAGGAACAUGCUAACUCCAGCUAAUGAGGUACAUGUUUCAAAAUGUGCUGUCAUUAUUGAAUAAUGUAUGGGUUAUAGUACAAGGCAGGCUUAAUUUUAUUUUAUUUAGAAUAAUUUCAGGAUAUUAUGGGGUGGGUGGAGACACUUCACAUGUUUCUUUAUACCUUUUGCCCCAGUUAACCUAGCAGUUGAUAGGAGCAGGACCUGAGUGUUAAUUGACGUGGGUGGUAUCCUAAGAAAUACAUGUAGUAGUAUACAGACUCCACAAAUAAUAUUGGGCUACUGCCAAAUUGCAGAAGAAUUUUUAGUAUGGGCCUACUGCCCAUACUUGGCAUGUUCUUUUCAAAUCCAACCCCAUCUUAUUUUGAAACUUUCCAAGGAAUUAGUUUAACCCUUUCAGAGUCAACAGGCCCUCUCCUAAACUUGUUCUCAGGGUUGGAAAUUUUUCGGGGGGGGGGGGGGGGAUCUGUGAAAUGAUAGAGAAUCUUUUCUCGGUCAUAAUGACACCAAAAGUAUGAAAUUUGAUGGAAAACUUGUGGAAUUAUGCUCUUGCAAAGUUAGCGGUCUCAAUGAUGUUUACACAUCGGCGAUUUCACCCAUUUUGAGUCCUAUUUUCAGCCAAUUCCAAUGUACCAGUCGACAAAAAUCAUAACAAUUUCGCUAGAACUCCAUUUUUUUCUAUUGAAUGAGUACAAGAAACCACCCAUUUACCGAUUUCAACUAUCCAGUAAAGUGGCCAGAAAUUGGCAAUUUUGCGAAUUUCACACAAAUUUCAAAAAAUGCCAAUUUCCAAAUAGGGUCCAGAAUAAACAAGACAGACAUUCCGGGCACUAAAAUAACAUUUUUUCUGUUCAUUAGUCACGUCCCCAGGCCUCUCUUACAUUUCUUUUGCUUUCCACUUCGAAUUUUUAUUCUCACAAAAAAAUAAAAGAUUUACUGUUAUGCAGAUUGCUGCAUUAGUGUAGAAAUUGUAUAAAUAAUAUCAGCGCACUUGUGAAAGAAUAUUAGACUCACCAGUUGACGUGUAUUGAACGCGUGGCAAGAUUUGUUUACUUUUGAACUUUGGCAAAAAUCAAACAUUUCUGCUACUUUGAGCUCAAUUUCAAGGUACUUUUCAUUGUGAAAUCAAUCAAUAUCAUCUCAAUUUCUGUAAUAUGUCUUCCAUUCUAUAAAAUGAGACCAGGAAAACUAGAAUACAACUAUAAAUAGCAUACGAAAAUACACUGCAAAGUCACUGUUUUAAAGCAAAAACAUGGUCGGAAUUUUUUUUUUCUCAUUAUGCACUGUGUGCUGCAGGAUUUUUUUUUAUACUGUGCACACUGACCACAUAGACCCAUUCUUUCAUAUCUAGGCCUACCAGCUUUCUCUCGCUAGAUUUGAAGGCACUAUAAUUUAUGCAUACUAGUACGGCACCAACCCUGAAAGGGUUAAACUCUGCAAACGUAGAUCUAUGUUCACGUGCAUAGCGUUCCGACCUUGAUUUUCCUCAUUUGAAAGCAUGUAAAAAAAAUGUAGAUCUACGUUCGGAGUCCCUCGCACGUAGACGUAGAUCUACGUUUGAACAGUUUAAGGGUUAAAUAACCCUACCAAGUUUCCCAUGCUGUGAGGGUCUUACUGAAACCUAACCCUUCUGUCGUGUAUAUUUGUCUAGCUUAUUUUUAAAGCUACCCAAGGCUUCAGCUUCAUUGACCCUACUUGAAAGAUUUCUCCAUUCAUAAACAACAACUCUAUUGCUGAACCAAUACUUUCCUACAUCCUUUCUAAAUCUAAAUUUAUAAAGUUUAAAUUCAUUAUUUUCAGUUGUCAUGAUUAUAUAUCCUUAGUACUUGAUUUAUAUUGCCUUUAUUUAUGCCCAUCUUUUAGUUGUAUACAUCAGCCAUGUCUCCCCUCAUUCUGUGACUUUCAAGAGUAGAUUCAAUGCUUCCAAUCUGAACUCACAUAAAAGAUUCCUUACACAGUGAACCAAUCUUGUUAUUCUUCUCUGUAUAUUCUGUAUAUCCAUUCUAGUAUGGAGACCAGAACUGGGCUGCAUAAUCUAAGUGAGGUCUUACUGAUGAUAUAUAGAGGUCUUACUAAUGAUGAAUACAUCUGUAGUAUAACCUCUGGGCUCCUGUUACUUAUACGGUGGUACCUUGACUUAUGAGUCCCCUAACUUAUGAGUUUUCCUAGUUACGAGCCGUCGCUCGCUUGAUUUUUUGCGUUGAGUUGCGAGCCAAAAUCUGAGUUACGAGUAAGCUUCAGAUACACCACCAAUCACAGGAGAUACCGAGGAAAUAUCAAAAACCUCGAUAAUAACCAAUAUGUAACAUCCUUUCAAUUUUGAUACCACUGAAUGUCAUCCUGUCAGAAUGUUCUAUAACAUGUGCCCUAAGUAAAGAGAAACAAUUCUAGAACAUGUAAUACGUGUUCUGCAGGCUGGCUGGUUGGGUGGCUGAUUUUCUUUGGCUGUCUAUCUCUGUCUGUCUCUCUCUCUCUCUAUCUCACAGGUACACACAAAUACAGUUAUACAUAGUGUAAAUUACCUAGGAUAACCCAAAAAAAUCUAUGCUUGUAGAUAUAAGGCAUAAUAAGCAUGAUUGGUAAGUAAUACACAUUUUCCCUUGUUCAGGAAUCAGAUGUGACGACUCUGCAUUGUGCGUAAUACCUGUUGGUUCAUGAGCGACUCUCUCUGAGACAGAGACAAGUAGAGAGACAGGAAGACAAACACACAGACAGAAACACAGAUAAGCAGAGACAGAGAUAAACAUAGACAGAGCUAGACAGACAAACAGACAGACAGAUAGACAGAAACAGAUACAUGUUUAUGUGUAACAGUGAAAAAUAGUCAAGGCAGUGCACAGUCAUCAAAUGUCACUCCACUGCUGCACUGUCAGCAGUGGAGUGACACUCAUCUUACACUGUGCUUCAAGGAGUUUUAUAUAUACUCCAGCAUUUCUAAAACAUUGCUGGGACCUGGCAAAAAAGGCAAAAAUAAUUUCUUAUUUAUAAAUACAUUUUUCUUAUUUAAAAACCCAAAGCAAAAAAACUGGGGUGGUUUUUUGGGGGCUGGAGUGGAUUAAUGGCAUUUCAGUUAAUUUCAGUGAGGAAAAUUGAUUUGAUAUACGAGCAAAUUGAGUUACAAGCUCGGCCAUCGAACAAAUUAAACUCGUAAGUCAAGGUACCACUGUACCUUAUAAAUCCAAUAAUCUGUUACCAUUAUUACACACAAAGAUAUUGUUGUCUUGGCUUCAGGUUACUGCUUACCAUCACACCUAAGCCCUUUUCAUAUUCUGCUUGAUCAUAUUCUAUGACUCGCAAAAUCAUAACACAGUUGCAAACAAAUCAGGGAAUGGGUGGGGUUUGAACCCAUGGCAAGUGAGUCCUGAAACUCUCAGGCCAAUGUUUUGACACACUGGCCUGUGAGUUGUAUGACUCAAGGACUAACCUGCCAUGUUUUCAAACCCCACCCAUUCCCUGAUUCAUUUGUAAUUGUGUUAUUAGGAUUUUGUGAGAUGAUGGCAGCUUUGAGGGGACUUGAAUUGAAGUGCACCACAGCCACACUAGUAUGGGAUUCAUCAUAUUCUAUAUUACUUAGUUAAGUGUCAAGGUUAUUUACAUUCCUAAGAAUUAAAACUUUAUAAUUACUUACACUGAACUGCAUCUGCCUUUUUUUUUUUUAGAUCACUACAUUACCUUGUCUAUAUUUUCCUGAAUUUCAGUGGUAUCUUCCCCUGAACCUAUUACAGUAUUUGGAUUGUUUUUUGUCAUUCAGUGAAUCUACUUAUGUCACUAGUUAUUCCCUCACCAAGGUUAUUUAUAUAAAUUAUGUACAACAAUGGGCCUACAAUUUAUUCUUGUGGAAUGCCACAUAUGAAUGGUCACAUUCAGAUUUUACUCAAUUUAUGCAGAUACUUUGUUAUCUAUGCCAACCUUGCCUUGUUAUUUGAUUCUGGAUUCUGGUCAAGGAAUUCCAAUCAAUUUGUCUAAAAUUAUAUUCUUUACGAUAAUUUCAUUUUCUUGUCUUGGAUCCAAGCCUUCACGUUUUCAUCCCAGAGUAGUUGUCCUUUGUUGUUUUCUAAGUUUAGGGGUCAGUAUUGUAUGCCUAAAAUCAAAUUUUAAUUUUCUCUCAAAAAUUUGCAACCAUACAGAUUCAGUUUCAGACUUUAUAUAAUUUCUGACACAGAAGUUCAAGUUUUCUCUGGCAUACUUCUUUCUUGUUGUUUUUAUCAGUGUUGAAUAAUGUAAAUUUUGACUUAGAUAUAAAAGACUGGAUCUGUACAGUGAGUAUGCAUAGUAUAAGAACAAAAUCCCAACCCACACAGUGCAUUAAGGAAAAAGCAGAACUCGGACCUUGUGCUUGAUUUAAAACUGCAAUUUUUGAGGUGUUUUCUCGGAUGGCUUUUAUGAUUUUUAUUGGCUGUUACUUGGUAUAUUUUAUUUUCCGAGAAAGAGGGUAAAUCUUUGAUUUUUUGUAUAAAUAUGAAUUCAGAAUGAAAAGCAAACUGUAAUAUAGGAGAGACCAGGAAACAUGAUUAAUGACAAGAGGAAACAUUGUUUUAGUGCCUGGAAUGUCUACAUUGUUUAUUUUGGACUCUGUUUUUAAAUUGUAUUUUUUUUUUAAUUUUGUGUAAAAUAGGGUAGUUGUCAGUUGAAUGGGCAGUUUGUGUGCUCAGUCAAUAGAAUGAAAGGCAUAAUAGCAAAAGAAGUAAGAAUUUAGUCAAAUGGGACUCAAAGUUGGCAAAAUUGGCGCUGCAUAAAUUGCGCCCAAACUGCUAACAUUGCGCCUGUAUAUUUCCAUAAGUUAUCCAUCAAAUUUCAUACCUUUAGUGUCAUUACCUCCAGAAAAAGAUUCUCUACCAUUUCAGAAGAAUUUUUCUUUUCAUAAAGUGGACACUGAGAGCAACAUUAACAUCAGGGGAUUGGGCAGUGAAAGGUUAAGUUGAUUUCCAAUAAAGAAAGUAGGGAAGACUAAAAAUUAUGCUUUGGUGCUUAGUUUCCCAAUUGUGGAGGCAAAAUAGGAGGAUGGGGUGUCUGUGGCUUCCUGUUUUCUCACUGAUGCUGGUUUUGUGGUCUUUGAAUCAAUCAAGAUGCUGCCUAAGAUUACUGUAAUUGGUCUUUCACUUUCUUGUUCUGUUGAUGGAAUUGUUUCUGAUAUUCAUGCUCAUCAUCCUCAAAUCAAAGACCUACAUGAGAACAGUCAUGUUCUUAACUUUUGUUUCUCAAAAUUUAUGAUAGCAGGUUGGCUGUACUGAAGGCUUUUGUUAUCUGAAAUGUUGUCAGUAAAAAUGGACACUAUAUGGGUUGGCUUGACUAGGUGUAGGUUUGUAGCAGGUUUUGGGUGACUCAUUGCUGUCAUUGGCAGGGCUUUAGUCAUACCACAUUUUGUGGUGGUGAUCAUGAGUAUAGAAAAUGUGAUAAUAAAUUAUCUCCCAUUUUGCUUUAGUUGUUCCUCUAGAGAUUCUCCCUGAAGCACAAUUCACUGCUUUGUAUCUUGCUCACUCUCCCAAGACAUUGUCAUAACAUCACAAAUUAAUGGAGAAUACAAUCUUUACAGCCUCAAAAGCUUCCAAAGUUCUCCUCAGGUUCUGCAAAACCUUUGAAGGUAGGAUAAUUGCAUAUCAGUUUUCUCUUGAUAUGUUAUAUUUGAUGGAAAUAUGGCUGUUUAGAGUCUGGUACCAGUGGUUGCAGCUGCUCUCCUCAGAUCUUUUUUUAUUUAUCACAUUCCAAAGUUAGUUGCUCUUUGGGUGGUGGAGGGAGUCAAUUAUUUUUCAUUUUGUCAAGUGUACAUCAUAUCUUAACUGGUCAGCCUGUCAUGUCAUCAGCAGAUUGUGAGGCUGAUGGUUGUGUAUCAUCAUGGCUGAGAAUCCUUUUCUUUAUUUAUUUGGAUUAUUCAUUGAAUCCUUAGCAAGAAGAACGGUCAUUCUGUUGUGUGUGAUAAUUUUAACUACUGGGUUUAUUGUCCACAAUUUUUUAGUUUUUAGUUUAAUAUCUUCAUUAUGCACCCCAUACCCAUCCUGUGGUGGUAGUCAGAGGAUUACAGAGGUACAUAAUGGGUUGAGGGACUGGGCCCCAAAGUUUUGAUAGCUGAACAAGGUACAUAGGUAAUGAGCUCCAGGUAAUGAACCACAGUCAUGCAAGUUCUUGGAAUUAAUGGAUUUGAAAAAUUUCGAGAAUAAUGUGUUAUCACCCACCCACCCACAUUGGAGGUUGUGUAUUGGACUUCGUUUUGUCUUCUGCCAAUUUUCAGAACAUUAAAGAUGUUUAGGUAAUACCUCUUUACAGUGUAUUCUGAUCAGUGUCAUUACUUUUAGUCUUAAUAUUUUGGUGCUGUGCCUUUGUGAGCGCAUAUUAUAUUUUCAUAAUUAUAGAAAUCUGGAUCUGGAUCAGGGUGGCGUGACAGUAAGAGAUGCCUUGGGCAAGGAUAUGUCUACAUUGUCUGUUAACCAGUUAUCAAAUAUUUAUUACAGGGUAUUUGUGCCUGUGACUAGUAAGUUCUGUCUUUUGAUUACCAGAAGGAUCUCGAUAUGUGAUUUUGCCCCUUGGUAUGAUUCUUCUGUUUCUCAGUGCAUAGGUCUUUUAGAAGUGCCAAGUGUUGCUGGAAUAGAUCAUGGUUUCAUUAUAUAGAAGCCUGUACAGUGUCACAAAUAGGGUAUUGGCUUGUAAGAGGGAAUACUGUACACGUAUUAAAGAAAAAUUGAAUCCUAGCACCAGACGAAUAGUAAGACUUGAAACUUGUCAAAGGUACAUCAGAGGUGUGGUAAUCAAUUUUUGUUCACCCAUCUCAGUGACCUACUUGGCUGUGCAUCUGAAUCUGCUUUGUCUACAUUUGUUUCUGCUUUUCAGCUGGCUUUGGCUUUCCUUGAUUGUUUUUGUUAGAAAACAGACUAUUCACUGGAUUUGGAUUCAUCUGAACUGGUUGCAGAAUUCUUUGUGACUGCUGCAGCUUGUCGAUACUUUUUCUCAGUUUGCUCCAGUUGACAAGGAGGGAGUUCUGGAGUAUGUCAGAGGUUCUAAUAAGAUAUACUGUGCACUUCAUCCUAUAACUGUUUCAAAGAGCUUGCUCACAUAUGAAUAUGUUGUUUCUUUUGUAACCGUGUUGAUUAGUUGUUUUCAAAGUGGAUAUUUUCCACAGUCGUUGAAGGGGGUCUUGGUUUGUUUCCUCCUCAAGAAGCCUUCCUUUGAUUCAGAAAACAAAUCAAAGUAUCAUUCUAUUUAAAUUUUUUCUUCCUUUCUAAACUUACUGAACAUGCUUUUUCUAGAUCAUUCUUUUUCUGCAUCAGUCAUGUUUUACUGUGUGUUUAUUCUAUGUAUUGACCAUUUCAUUCAACUGAGAUGACUGGAAAGUUUACAAUGAUUGGGUACUCAUUGCUUCUUUAGGAAGUACAUCACUGGUAAUUGUUGAACCUCUCUGCUGCAUUUGACGCCAUUGACCAUGGAUUACUGACAAGUGAUCUUUUUUGGCUGUGGACUUAGUAAUUCUGUAUCUAAGCUGUCUUCUUUGUUCUUUGGUGUUUGCCAGUGUUCUGUUCUUGGACUAGCAUUGUAUGCUGUUGAUGUUAGUGGCUUAGUAUUAUUAUUGAAUGCCCAUGGGGGUGAUCAUUUUUAUGCUGAUGAUAUACAUGUAUAGGUCUGCAUCUGAGUUUUGAAUGUAGAAAAUGCAAAACUGUGAUUUUUGUUCUUUUUUGCAUGAUGUUUGAACUGGGAUAGCAGAUAACAAAUUGAAACUAAUUGAGAGUAAGAAAUACAUUUUGAUUAUCAGGGGGAAAUCUCAGGGAAAUAGAGAUUAGAGAUUUUUGUUACCUUAGAUUGAGGUGCUGUAAGUUUGCAGCUUGUUGGAUCAGUAUCUACCUGGAUUCUUCAUUGUCAUUUUUUGGGCAUAUUAACGAAAUUGUUAAAUCUUGAUAAUUAUCAUAUUUGUAAUUUCUUUGUAGUCAUAUAAGACUUUGAUAUGGAGAGUAUCUUGGUUCUCAUCCACACACAUGUUUCCUCUCAAAUUGCAGUUGUUGCCUUGUGAGUUUGCUUUAUUGCUUACUGAAAACUCUUCAGUCUGUACUGAAUUGUGCAGGUAGACUGGUAUUUUUGCUUCUGCUUAGAGUUCUCACUAGUCCCUAAUUGUAUGACCUGCAUUGGCUCUCUAUUGAAACAAGAAUUAAAUUUAAAAUCUGUAUUAUGAUUUGAAGCUAUUAAUCCUUACACUAUCUCCCAUGCAGAUCUGUGUUAUUGAGGCCAAGGUUGCCUACUGCUACAGUUUCUUGUUCAGAAACUGCGGCAGUAGGUGCCUUGGAGACUUCAUGGUCUGCGGAACUCCCUGAAGUUUUUUUUUUUUUUUUUUUUUUUUUUUACACAUUCUCUACACUUUGCUGGUCACCACGUGUGAGCACAGAUGUAACAUCUCUGAGCCACGAAGUAUAGUGCAGUUAGAAAGUGAUCAUCAUAUCUCAAACAAGAGGGUAUUUGGUCAUCAGUAUGGCACUGCAUGUGUUUUGCUGGUGUUGUGACCUGGUGUUUCUGUAUUUGUGGAAUGACAGGCAAGUAGAAGUGACCAUAUGGGAGUCUGUUCCCAGUCUUAACUUGGUACAUAAUAAACCUCUGCAUGGGUGGGGUUAGAGCCCAUGGCAAGUGAGUUGUAAAACUCCAGGCCAGUGUAUAUAAAUAUACCUAGUUGGGUGAAGCUUUUUUGUAGCCAGCUGGCCCAGUGGCUUAUGCUCUGGAUUGUUUGCAAUCAUAUUAUUACGAUUUCGCAAGUCACGAUACAUAUUGUGUGCAUUCAGCACUGCAUUGCUAACAAGAUGAAAAAAAAAAAAAACAUAUAUUGCUGUAACUCCUCUGGAUAUAUUCAACAACCCAAUUUGCAUGUCACAUUUUCUACCAAAUGAAUAUUGCUCGUGUAAUCAUUGACAUCAGUUGGUUUCACAAUAGGUUCAUUAAUUUUUCUGUUCACCUUUCCUGUGUCAUUUCAUUCUCGUGAACAGAUGUCAUCAAUGGCACAUCAUGUUUAUACGCGCUGUACCUCAAACAUUGUCGUGUCCAUUCGCUGGAAAUCCCAGAGUAAAGGGCUUAUGUACCAGUUAUGAGUGUAUAACAUAUGCCCCUUACCAUCAUUUUGUUCAUCACAUCAUCCAAGAUUCCUAAUGAUUUCCUGGUAUCUUCCAGUGGUUUCUUUCCUGUGUACACAAUUAGAUCUAAUACCAAGCUUCUUUCACAAUAUAUUUUCAGGUACAAAAGAACAUCCCUAAUCUUGCAUAACAUGUUCCUGUUGGGGUUACACUUGUCUGGAAAGUACAUACAGGGAUAAGAUCAGCAAAUGCAUGGGUACAUAUUAGGCAGUCUGUAUCAUCACAUUGGGUCCCACAAUCUGUCAUGUCUCUUGUGGAUAACCUUAGGCACACUACCAGAGUACAAUGCUGUACAUAUUGACACCUUUUGGGCAGAUUAUCAUCAGGAUCAUCACUUAUUUGAUCAUUGGUUGCUAGGAUCAAGUUAUCAUGACUGUCAUCAGUACCACUCACUUCUGUGCCCAAGCCAUGGGAGAAUUUUAGAUUUUUCUUACGAUGUGGACUUGUGAUCAUGUUGAUGCCUGAGGUAGAUGGUUUGGGGUCAUCAGAGUUUUCAGUGCUAUUCUUGGCAUUUCCACCUGUCACUUUGUCCUCAGAACUGUUCAACUCGUUUCUAGAAAUUAUAUUUUCAUUUUUAGAACUGUUACUGUUGAAGAGUAAUUGUUUCAUUUGCCUGGGAGUAAGAGUAUCCUGUCUGUGUGCCAUGAUGAACAAUGGUGAAUAAGAUGGCAUUCCCAUGAUGCAUUGCAGCAACCCUGAUUGUUUUUGUACUGUGCAUACCGACCACACAGACCCAUUUUCUUAUACCUAGGCCUGUCAUGCUAAAUUGACUCAAUCUUGUCCAUUUCACUAUGGCACCAAAAAAAGUCCAUAAAAUCAUGAAACCCACACUAGAAAGCACCCUUAAGUUGCUGUUUUAACCCAACACAAGGUUAAGGGUUUAAUGUUCCCAUCAUAUACUGCAUGGGGGCAAGAUAUGUUUUAUAUUGCAUACCCUUGCUUCACAGACCCAUUCUCUCAUAUCUAGGCAUAAAUUUGCUACUCACAGCAAAUAUGAAGGCACUGUAAUUUAUGUAUACAGUUCUAUGGCACUGUCAUUUAUGUGUAGUUCUAUGGCACUGACACUUAUGGCACUGACGUAGAUCUAUGUAGCCACCAGUUUACCAGUUCACAAACCCUAGUAUCUUGCUGAUAUGCUUGUACCUUUUUACAUUACUCUCAGUAAGGUUUCUAUGAAUUGCUGUAGACCUUUCCAGACUGGUUAAACUGUUUGUUGUUGGUGAAAAAUCAUUUGCAGAAUGAUCCUUAUCUCAUGUAGCUCCCAGACUGUAUAACAGGUUACUAGUGUCUUGUUAAGAGUUGGGAAUCAGUUUAUUCUUUUAAAUCUCAGUUGAAAGCACAUCUCUUUUCUAGAGAUUAUGAUCCUGAUGAUCAUAUUGUGACUCUUGUAUAUAAACUUUAAUAUUCUUAUAUAUUUUUAAUCGUAGUUGUUUGAUGUUUGGUGUGUGAGCAUUUGUGAAUUUCUUUAAAGAACCUAAAGAAUGAUAAAAUCCCAAAAUAUUUUUAUUAUUAAAUUAUUAUUAGGCACCAUGUACACAAUGAUUUUUGUUCAUUAUUGUGUUUUUGGGCAAGAAUUAGCUGUAUAGUCCUUGUGGCUUAGCGCUUCUUUUUGAUUAUAAUAAUAAUAAUAAUGGGCAAGAAUUAUAAUUUCCCCCAACCCUGUUAUUCAUUAAAGCAACCCCAUGUCAUCAGUCCAUCAGGACUAUGACUUGAUGCCUACAACCACAAUCAGGCAAGUUUGGUGAGUACAUUGUAUAGGUGUGUAGGUCAGGGGGAAUAGUGACUGACAGAUGAUAGACAUCAUCCUUGACAUGCACACAAUUAAAUGGGGACUUGUCACUACACACAACUUUAAUCGAAACUUCAGUAGUGCAGUAUUCGUAUUGUUUUGCAAAUGAGUCAUUUGCAAAACAAAAUGAAGAGGUUUCCUGGCAGGAGUUCAAGAUAUCAUCCCAGUUUUUUCAAGAGAUGAUACUUUGUUUUUUUUGUGAUGUGUCUCAGUAUAUCAGGAUGGUUUUCUCUAGUCUGCUAUUAAUAUCUAAGGAUGUUUCAGUACUUUCCUCUUUAGAAGGUUUUCAAUAACAUUUGAAAUCAAUCUAAAAUGUCCAGGUUUUGGUUUCUUAAGAGGAGGGGUGUCAGGGGGCACAUCAAAAGCAGUAGCAAUGAGAUGAUUAAUGGUGGAUUUCCCACAACUAUCAUGAAUACAGAUCUCACUUGUGAGCACUUUUUAAUGUGCCCAUGCAAGAAUGCAGGCCUUUACUUCAACAGUGAGUUCAUUCUUAACUAUCUUCAACCUUUUCUAUAGAAAAUAACAGAUCUGAGAGUCACUGGGGUCAAACAAGACAAAAUAGCUCUCUGACUUGUAAAAUGUGACUGUCCCUACUCAGUCUCUGAAAGCUACUGGUGGUGGUAGAAUCUGGUAGUGAGAAUAACCAGACACUAGAGGGGUUUAUAGGAGUCAUCAGAUAAGCUGUCAGGAAAUAAUUACAGGAGUGAAAUUCAAAUAAUGGAGAGCCAUUUUUCAGACUGUUGCAUAGGCAUGCAAAAUUUGAAAUGUGCUUAGCCUGAAAAUUCAAGAGUGAAAAAGAAAAAUUUACGUAUUUUGGUCGCUGCAUGAUCCAAGAAAGAUAUCCCCCAUAUCCCAUAAGCCUAACCCCAUCUACCUCAAUGCAUGCAAAAGUACUCUACAGUACUGAAUUUGCAAAACAAAAUUUUUUUUCUGACCAUCGGUAGGUAGAAUUAAUACUGAAGAUGGGACAUCACGAGCUUAACAUUGUUGGUUUAAUAGGUUUAAAACCUAUUGACUACACAAGGGUCAUUAAGGUUGCAUGUUACUUGCAUAAACCCAAUCAAGGAUGCACUAAUUCCUAAACUUGGUGCUAAAGUGAAUUCUAAGUAUACAUGCCCUUAGAGAUGCAUAAUUCUCAGUGUAUAUUACCUUUGAGCCUACUCUUCUCCUGUAGCCACAAAUAGGUUAUUAACAUGAAUAGAUCUCUAGCCACAAAUAGGUUAUUAACAUAAGUAGAUCUUUGUUCCUGUAUACAAAUAAAUAGAAAUUUCCUAACCUUAAGUAGCACUUCACAAGAGCAUGUACAAAUCACUGGGUCUGUAAUGGUAUAAAUCAGGGGAUCCACUAAGUUACAUUUAUCUACAGGGAGAGCAACAGUUUGUAAGAAAAGCAGCCAUCUAUCUCUUAAGGCUCCUUGCUUGCCAUUUCUCCACACUUUCAGCAGGGAAACCUCUGUGAAGUGAAGGUUUCCCAGUUUCCAGCCAAUGUGAAUCUGGAAGACUAUGUAAUGUAUCAUAUUAAUGUAGUUUUUAGAGGGCUGUUUCCAUGAACCUUUUAUAUAGUAAGACCAAAUAAAGUAUGGGUGGGUGGGAAUGAUGUGGUUCAGGGGAGGCCAUUUGAACUGUGAGUCUCAGCAUUUCUGGCAAGACAGAUAUUAAGUAAGUGAUGAUGAAUGCAUUUCCUUCUUUAGGUCACCCUCCAUUGGUUGGAAACUCAUUUGAUAAAAAAUAUAAAAAUAAAGAAAUAACUGACUUUAUGGUUAAAUUUUUGUUCUAAAUUAUUUUCUAUUGCUAUUGUAUCUCUGCAGUUUUUUUUAAAACAGCUGAAUUAUUAGUGUUGUAACUGAAAUGAUGUGUCUGCCUGUUUUUGUUACUAUGGAGUUUUAAGUAGCUACACCUUUUAAGUUAAUUUUUUAUUUUAGAAUACAGUAGGACCCCCGUAUCUGUGGGGGCCAAGUUCCAAACACCUGCCACGGAUAUUGAAACCGCAGAUAGUAAUGAACCCUAUAUAUAAGUCGUUUUUCAGUUACAUACAUACCUAUGAUGAAGUUUAAUUAAUAAAUUACUCACAAUAUGAUGAAGUUUAAUUGAUAAAUUACGCACAAUGACUGGAGAAUUGGCAGUUUUUCAAUGACAUUAAGCACGGCUUUUCUUAGGCUUUGAAGUACUUCUAGCAUCACUACUUUUGCACUCUGAGGCCAUUAUUAAGCAAAAGUAAGGGUUAUUUUCUGGCCACCAUAAACCAUGGAUAACAGACCCACAGAUACGGGGGUUCUACUGUAUAACUUCAUACGCAUUAUUGGAACACAAGGAAAUCCUAUCAUACAUUGUCCCUAUGCCAGUAACUGUGGUGAUGUAAAUGAGAUAGUAUGUUAAAUAGUGUUGGUCAACAUCCAUGGUCCAAGACUAUUCACCCAGCAAUCAGAAACAUUGCCAGAACAAACACACAAUUUAUCAAGAGGAAACUGGAUUACUACUUUUCCCAAGUACCAGAUCACUCGAGUUGUGAUGGAUAUGUUGGCCAGUGGGCUGCCAAUAGCAACAACCUGGUUGAACAGGCAAUCAACAGAAAAGCCUAACCCCAGGGUAGGCUGUGAUGAUAGAAAAGUUCACAAAACCAGUCACAGGUACUCCCUUGAUAGUAGGUCAGAGGUAGAUAAAAGGCACUGAUAGGAAUACCUUACUAUUGAUGGAAUAUCAUCUACCUUUUUCCAUAAAAAAGUCAGUCAGUCAGUAAUAUGAAUGAUAUUUCAUCUUCCUUGACAAUUCAAUAACAAGUUAAAUUCUAAUAAGGGCAAGAGAAGUCAAUCUCUUGAAUGAUUCUCCUACACCUCUACUUCAUUUCUACCAGUGUAUUCAGAAGCAUUCCUGUGCACUGUCAGUGCUUUCUUAGAAAAUAUUACUCUUAUGGUCAGGGCUUAGUAAGGAUUAAGGGUGCUCUUUGUACCUGUGAACAACACUUCAGUAAAGAACGGGUCUUUGAAUUGCAAGUACAUUAGCCAAGUAAUAUUUAUGGAAUUUUGUGUGCUGGUAUUUCUAGUCAUUUGUCCAGGAAUUCUAAGAAUUCUUGUAUAUACUGUACUAUAUAUGCAUAGAUAGGAAUUAGAAUAGGAUAGAGGCACAAAAAAAUUAAUACAGUAUUGAUAAAUUAGAUUAAUAACCAUGGAACAGUUGUGGGUUUGAACUUGCCAUGGGUUCAAACCCCACCCAUUCCAUGGUUUGCUUGCAGUCGUGUUAUGAUUUCAUGAGCCAUAAUGAAGUAGACUCUCAGGCUUUGGAGGAUUAAAUUAUGUAACUCAGUUUGUAGUAUAACAUUGUGUGAAUCCACUAUACCAAGUUUUGUGGCAUGCAGUUUUAAAGUGGCUAUAGCAUUUAAGUGUUAAUUGAGUAGAAGUUCAUUAUUACAUGAAAUGAAGAAUUGAUUGGAUAAUAUUGGCUGCUUUCACCACUGUGUUAGAUAGCACUUAAAAAAAAAAAGCCACUUCUGUUUUACAAUGGAAAGUUACAGAUACUGUAAUUGCGUCAGACCUGAUUAUUUCCCAUUCCACUGGUGCUGUAUGACCCUAUAUGAGUUAUGCACUUCUUUGAUUAUAAUAAUAAUAAUAAUAAUUGUACUCUGAAUUGAAUACAUGUAUACUUUUCUAAUAUAAACUCAUAAUUUGUAUUAGUCUGCAUGAAAAUUCACCUUUUUUUUUUUUUGUCCUUUGCUGUUCUUUACCAUAUUUUCAUUUAGCCUUAUUUAUUUUAAAGUAGUGUACAUAAAAAUGUCUGUCACCGGUUUGUAUGUUUUCACACCAAAGCUGGAUAUUUACACAUUCUGAAACUGACGUUUUGUAAUCACGAUUAAAUACAAUUUAUGACUUCA